GGAGGUGGACAAUCAAGGAAGGAACCUUUGACUUGCGAAGCUACUCUGCCUGCCGUUUGGAGCUCUCCCGAGUCCCCCUCUUCUUGUAACCUUGCAAUGCGCCGUGUGUGAACGAGCGCUGCUUUUCUAUAAUCAUACCGCCAUUGCCAGAGGAAGCUUUUGUAUAGCUCCUGCCUGUCAACCGUCAUGGCACUCAUCCAGACCUCCCUCAUCUGGGUCGCAUACGCUGUCGCGCUUGCCAUCUUGCUCGUUAUCGCGUCAAUCUUUGUCUACCUCUACCAGGCUCCCCGCGAACGCUCCGCCGUCGUCUCUAUUGUCUGCAUCGUCACUGUCUUGUCCCUCCUGGCCACCGUCCUGUUGCUACCCGUCGAUGUAGCGCUCGUAUCUUCGACCACUUCCUCCAAACUCGGCAGAAAGAAAGAUUGGGCCACUCCGGAUGCCGUCGACAACAUCCUGUUCCAGCUCAAGAUCGUCUACUACACCCUGUACAGCUUGGAUGCCGUCUUGUGCUUGAUCGUUGUUCCCUUCACUUACUUCUGGUACGAGGAGCGUGAUGACGUUGCCGCAGAGGAGGGCUCUCAAACUGCUGGCAGCCGUCUCUGGGGUGCCUUCAAAUACACCAUUGGCUUCAUUCUUUUCGUUGUCAUCAUCUUCCUGGUAGGCUUCUUCGUACCCGUUGCAAAGAACAGACCCCAGAAGCACCUCGACCUGGACUUCUUCAAGGACUUGUUGGCCGAGAACCAUGGAGAGCGUGCUCUGACAUUCUGUGUCGGCCUUCUCUUGACUCUCGGAACGCUCCUGUACUGCCUGUACACAGCUCCUGGACUGGCGCUUCUUCCUCUUACCCUGAUCAAGACUGCACCUCGCAUCUCAGCUCCUACUUUGGCUGCCAACACCUCUUCUCAACUCACUCAAAACCGCGAGCGUCAACGACAGCUUGAGAACCGUGACGAAGGCCGCGACAGUGGUCUCGAUACACGUGAUCGUCGUGAACUCGAAGCUCUCAUCCGCGAGGAACGUACUCUUGUUCGCCGCGAACGUCUGGCUGCUGAAGAUAUGGGCGAAGGUCAGAACUGGUUCAUUCGUGUCUGGCUCAAGACCGAGGCUGUCUUCAGACCCUUGAAGCUUCUUGGCGGUCUUUUGCUCAUCGUCAUCAUUCUCGUCAUCUGGGCGAGCAUGUUGGCUACUGGUGUCGACAAGAUCAAGAACUCGGUAUGCAAGACCGGUUGCGGCUACUUGCUUGGUCACAACAAGAUCUUCCAGCCCGUCAACUGGUUGUUCGUUGUCACUUCAAAGGUCUUCCCCAUCGACUAUGUCAUCUUCCUCCUCUUGACCAUCCUCUUCUUCGCCGCUUCGGUUGUCGGUGUCGCUACCAUUGGUAUUCGCUUCUUGUGGGUCACUCUGUUCCGCAUCCGCAAGGGUCACACCGCUCCCCAGGCUCUCCUCAUGGGAACUGUCUUGCUCACUUUGAUCGUCUUCGCCAUCAACUAUGCCGUUGCUAUGAUGGUCGCCCCUCAAUAUGCCACUUUCGGUCCCCAGACCUACUGUGACAGACCCACUCACCAUCCCGAUCAACAGCCCGACUGUAGCAACCACCACAAGGCUAUCCGUUCUUGCCGCGAAGCCGCCGACAACCCUGUCGCUCGCAUGGUCUGCACACCCUCCGUCGUUAGCUCCUUCUUGAACCGCAUCACCAUAAAUUUCCCCUUCUUCGGCAUUAUCGACUUUUGGGCUCAAUUCGCUUUCCUCGGCAUCUUCUUCAUUGUCUUUGUCGUCAUGCUGUUCCGCACUCCUCGUCUUGAUGAGGAGCAGCUGGAUGAUGAUCUUGCAGAGGAAGAGGAGGAAGGUCUUCUCGCCAGCACAGGCCGCCGCUUUGGUGCCACAUGGUCCGACAUCACUGGACGUGCCACUGGUGUGAAGCGUGUCGGUGCUGACUAUGGUACCCAGGGAGCACCAUCAGACGAGUGAUUUAAUGUGUAAUGUAUCAUCUACUGCUAGUUUUCCAUCUCAUGCGUCUGUCUUCCUUGUUUAUAUGAUUUUUUUGCGUGCUUUUGGUUGGAUUGGUCUGAUCUGGUGUGGUCUUUGCGUAGUUACUUGGGAGCUUCAUGACAACCUGGGUCAAGAAUAUCGGAAUCACAGAAGCACUUCACCUUGUCCACUUUGAAAGAGGCUAUUAUCAAUGCAAUCUUUCCUCACUUUCUUC